AGACGAAAUUUAUACAAUUAGAUCUUGAGAAAACAGAAUGGAAGGCAUGAUAUCGACUUGCUCUAGAAUAUUCUCAAGUGGCCUUUUCACAGUCAACAAACCUACACAUACCACUAGAGCUCGAACACUCACCCAUCGUCUCUCCGGUUAUCGCUUUCAGCUUCGUGCCAUGGCUGACUCCGCUACUCCAUUCAAGAAAGUUCAGAUUCAAAGGGAUGAUACUACAUUUGAUGCCUAUGUAAUUGGAAAAGAUGAUGCCCCAGGAAUCGUUGUGCUUCAGGAGUGGUGGGGUGUUGAUUUUGAGAUAAAAAAUCAUGCGGAGAAAAUUUCUCAAUUUGAUUCUGGUUAUAAGGCACUUAUCCCCGAUUUGUAUCGUGGAAAAGUUGGCCUAGAUGUUGCAGAAGCACAACAUCUGAUGGAUGGUCUUGACUGGCAAGGGGCUGUCAAAGAUAUUCAGGCUUCAGUUAAUUGGCUAAAGGCAAAUGGAUCCAAAAAGGUUGGAGUUACUGGAUACUGCAUGGGUGGUGCUCUUGCCAUUGCAAGUUCUGUUUUGGUCCCAGAGGUUAAUGCAGUUGUAGCCUUUUAUGGGGUUCCUUCACCAGAGCUUGCUGAUCCUGUUAAUGCUAAGGCCCCUGUGCAAGCUCAUUUUGGUGAAGAUGAUGCUUUUGUUGGGUUUUCAGAAGUAAAGACUGGGAAAGCUCUAGAGGAAAAACUGAAAACAGCAGGAGUUCCACAUGAGGUUUACUUCUAUCCAAAGACUGGACAUGCAUUCAUGAACAAGUCACCGGAGGGUGUUGAAAGGAGGCAAAAGAUGGGGAUGCCUGAUGUAGAAGAUGCUGCUGUGGAGCAAGCUUGGUCCCGCUUCCGUUCAUGGAUGAGUCGUUUCUUAUCUGCCUAAGUUGUGUUGCUUGUUUUCUGUUCCUAUAAUAGGUUGUAGCAUGGUUACCAUAAUAAUUUGAUGUGUCUUGAUGCUUCGGGAUGUUCCCUUGAAGCUUGUGUUUGGCACUCAGUUCCUAUGGUUCACAUAUAAACUGAAUGUUCUGUAGAUUGGACAUAUAUGUGCUCGAUAGGGAUUUUAGAGUAUCCCAAAUUAGUGCACUUGGUUAAUGUCCAGAAGCUUGCAUUUGGCCGUUGGUCUGUCUUA